UAAUGGCAGACGUCUAGACAUAAAGAGCAUUCCAAAAGCAAGAAGGUAUCUUCUAAAACUCAAAAAAACUUUUGGCUAAGAAAACAUCAAAAGGAGUUAGAUAUUGGAAAGAAGUUGGACUUGGAUUCAAAGUACCAAAGGAUGCAGUUGAAGGAAAUUAUAUUGAUAAGAAAUGUCCAUUCACAGGAAAUGUUAGUGUAAGAGGAGCCAUCUUAAAGUAUGAUAUUAAUAAAACUAUAAAAAAAGAGGAAUUGUCAUCUCAACCAAAAUGACCAGAACAAUUAUUAUCAGAAGAGAUUAUUUACAUUAUGUUGCAAAAUACAAUAGAUAUGAAAAGAGACAUAGAAAUGUUCCAGUCCAUAUCUCACCAGCUUUUGGACCAGUCAAUGAAGGAGAUAUUGUUGUUUGCGGAUAAUGCAGGUAUUUAAUUCAUUGAUUUAAAUUCAGACCAUUAUCAAAAACAGUUAGAUUUAAUGUUUUGAAAGUCAUCCCUAAUGAAAUUAUUGGUAACGUAAGAAAACAAUUUGUUUUAUUUUGAU